GCGAGCAGCGAAUUUCAAAGCCGUGAAAAUUCGCUGCUCGCCCAAAAAUUUGGAAGUGUGCAAGCACCUUUAAAAGCCUUUCCACUGCCACGAGGCAGUGAAAGAGAAAGAUUUCUUUUACUCCUGCUGCGCUAUCGUUCGUUUAAUGUGCUGUGAGAAGGUGUUGAAAAUGGAAACCCCCCGAAGUUCACAAAACGUCUCGGAAGCCGGACAAAAAAAAUCAAAGCGGCAGAGAGUGCCGAAUAAAUUUUUCAGCCCGGAAUUGAUUGGACCUCUAAAAAAAAGAAAGCCGAAAGAUGAGAGUAAAAGAAAUAAAAAAAAUCCGGCGAAGCAAGGGAAGAAAAGGAAGGCAGAAAAAAACACAGAUCUAGAGACGAUUCAAAAAACAAAAGAAAUUAAAUCGACUGAUGAGAAUUACUUUUCUGCUCAUAUAAAUAAUAAAAGAAAAGAUUUGGAGACAAUAUUUGUACCGAAUGUUCCAGAGAUAGAAAACAAUUUAAUUCUUCACAGUGUAGAAAAUCAAACUAAGAAGAAGAAGGAUGCGACAACAUGUGACAAAUGUUUGAAAUUGAAGGCGCAAAACAAGGAACUUCAAAUGACAGUCGAAAAUAUUACACUUGAAAAAGAGAACCUGUUUCUUGAAGUACGUUCCUUAAAAAAUGUAAUAAAAGAACUUAAAGAAAAGGACAAUUCUAGUGUAUUAGCUGGAAUUAAUGAGAUUAAGGAACAUCUUAAAAACCAACAGACUGAAAAAAUUUCAAACCAUGAGCCUAACACUACUAUCUAUGCUGGAAUGAAAAUAAACUCUGAUCUUUUAAAUGAGGCCAUGCGCGCUACUCAGAUUAGUUCCCGAGUACGCAAAAUUGCAGCAGGUUACUGGCCACCAGAAAAAUUAAGGAAUGUAGGCGCUAAGAAACCACCGGGUGUUAGCAAAGCUGAUUACAUUCCUAUUCGCUUCAGAGACUAUCAAAAUAUAAUGAGUGUUGUAGAUAAACUGCAGGAUGAUCCAACGUUGAAAAUACAUGGAGUUGAUCUGAUCAACUAUGAUAAUAAAUUUCAAUAUUGGGUCCAGAGGGCUGUAAACUGUAGGCGUGAAGGAUUAAGCAAUGAGGAAGAUGAAGAAAGUGAGGAAGUUGGAGAAGGUGAGGAAGAUGGAGAAGGUAAGCAAGAUGGAGAGCAAGAUGAAGAGCAAGUUGAGGACGAAGUAGAGGAAGAUGGAGAGACAAAUGAAGAAGAAGCAGAUAAAUAAAAUUAU